AUGGGCAUCUUCAGCUUUCUCUCAAGAAAGUCUCAUGACAAGCACAAGGCUGCUUCUCUAAGAGCACACGCCUAUGACACGACAGCCGCUGGGACUGUCCCUGUUCAAGGUGAGCAUGUCAACAAUAUUGCUGCGGGUAGAGAUCCAAGUGAGCUUACACAUGUAGGAGCAUACCCAGUAGCAGGCAAUGGUCCCAAUGUUUUCGAUACGCUGUCUGGGGGACGUCCGGACUCUCGUCAUGCACAGCUUUCGUCGACGGUGCCGGAUAAUCACAACGGAGCUGCGCCUGCCCCUGGGGUUCCUCGCUAUCGAGACCCGACUACUGACCGACCAAACACGGCUCCCAAUGGGCAGCCAACGUUGCAACAUGUGAGCUCCGGGACCAGGUUGAGGAAGGCCGCCAAGAAAGGUCCUCCCAUCUCUUUCAAGAUGCUUCGAAGCGUUGGCUCUACCAUCAGUGGCGGCUCGCGACCAGGAUCGAAGGGUUCCGAGUACGAAACCAAGAGCACCUUGCGAGGGACCGUCAGCCAUUCACGCUCCAGCUCAAUGCGUAGCGAAAGUGGCAGGUUCAGAGAUAUCCUCGACGCCCAUUCCGAGCUCAAGCCUCCCGACUUUCGAGCCAGAGUCAAGGCUGCCGGUGCCAAGGACUAUGGAGAGGACGUUGCCGAAAGGAACAUGGGAGAAAAUGGGUUUGAUCUGGAGUCAGAGCAUGUCAAGGCCUUCUACAACAGCCAUCCGAGCGCACUCCGGCCGAGAAGGUCAGCCCCUGCUCUCAACCCAAGAAGCUCGAGGCACACGAUUCGGGAGGCACAGAAUGGUCAACAACCACCAAAAAGGCCGAUGGUCCCCCCACAUGCUUCCAUCGCCCCGUCUCAGCGCUCUCUGCCCCAAGCACUGCCGGGCCAGACGCCCCGACACAAGCCCGCCGAGACCGCCCUGUACGCUGACAUGAAAACCACGGGUGGCGGACACCUGAAGCGACGGGUAUCAGUCAACACGUAUAUGCCUCCAGCUUCCUUCCAGAACACCAGCGCCGUCUCCUUGAGCAAGGUGCACGGCUCAGAGAUCAACACCAUCGACCUGGACAUUCUGAAGCCGCCGAUUGUGAUGGGCGCUCCGAGGACAAGCGGGGAGACCCCGCGGACGGCGAGGAUACCGCGGGAUUCAGUGAUGCUCGCGAGGAGGAAGGUGUCGAUACCGGGCCACCUCGCUCGGCGUGACAGCUCUUCUCCAGAAAGGACGUUUUCUCUCCGGUCAGCUACCACCCGACCCCAGCACCACCACCAGCGUGCGUCAAUGAGUAGUUCAGCCAGCGCAUCGUUUCCCCCCCGCCACCGUCACAGUUUACACACGUUGCACUCGUCUAUUUCUUCGUCUGGUGUUCAGAGCUGGGAUGGCAGCACGUUUCUUCAGGGAACAACAACAACAACAACCACAACAACACCGCUGGCUUACCCGCGUCGUCUUCACACUGCUACUCAACCCUUUCAGCCAUCGUCCGUGUCUGAGGUUGAUGUUGACGCUGUGGAUGAUUGGGUGGAAUUUUGUUCUUCCCACAAGACAGCUUCUACAACCCCUAAACCUACCGCUUCCUCAUUGGCAAACCUGGGGUUUCGUCGUCCCCUCUCCAUGAUGGGAAGCACACCGCCACCGCCGCCCCUGAACCCCCCCGCCCGACCGGCAACCGCUGUACCGUUUGAAAUCCCUGAACACCACGUCCCGAUUCGCACGAGGAGUUUGAGAGGUUACUCGGCCUCGUCCGGGACACCGACCACGCACACCGUCACGGUUAGAUCCUCCUCCAGUCCUGGACGUCCGCAGUCACGAACGACGGUCACGUCUGCCUCUGUGGAUGAUGACAGUCUGGCGCCCGAGGCGGUCAAGCUUGCUGAGGGGGAGGAUGAUGAUGGGUUUAAUAUGGAUGAUCACAUUUCUUCGGAUGAGGUCGAUAGCGUGCUCGGGGGUGGGGGGAAAAAGCCGAGCGGGGAGGGGGAGGAGGAGCUGCUCUGGAAGGAGGAGGGGUAUGGGGGGGGGGGGUUGAUGUUGCCGGGGUUGUGGGAGGUUUUUCCGGAGGCGAAGGUAAAGGGGAGUUAUGAUGGGAUUGGGGAUAGUUUUGGGCCUAGGGGCGGGGGGAGGAGGAGGAGGAGGAGGUAUGUGAUUGAUACGGGGGUUGAGUAUGGGAGUAGUGGUGAUGAGGGAGAGGGGUUUGGGGAGGAGAGGAGGGAGGAGGAGGAGGAGGAGGAGGAAGAGGAAGAGGAGGAGAUGGUGAGGGGGAGGGGGAGGGGGGUGGUUGUUGGAAGGGUGAGGGGCAGGGGAAGGAGAAGGGGGAAAUUGGAGGGGAUUUAUGGAGAAAAGGAGGGGAGUGAUGCUGAUGAUGAGGAGGGGACGCCGAGGGGGAGGAGGGCGUCGGUGGGGAGUUAUUACAUGGAGUUGAGGGAGAAGGUUGGGGUGGGGGUUAUUGAGGAGGAGAAGGAGGUGAUGGGCAAAGUGGAUGCGGCUGCUGCGGUUAGGAUGAGGAAGCAGGUCAAGUGUGCGAAGAGGGCGGCUGGUGGGGGGAGGUUUAGGCUGCGAACGGGAGGGGAGGGGGCGGCGAAUAUUGGAGUCAGGAGGAACAAGUCGGUGCCGGUGUUGUGUGUUGAAGGGGAGGAGUACAGGGGGUGA